AAUGCACAUAAUUAAUCGGCGGCCCUGGAAGAGGGUACACAACUUAACUCCUGCUUUUAAAGCUGAACUUGGAUAUCUGUGUCACAUUGCUGUGAUUGAUGUUAGUACUUUGAUCACUGCAUGGCUGAACUUGUUUGCUCACUUGUUUGAAAAGUGGGGCACAUUGUAACUGAGAUAUGUUACCCAUGGUAAAUAGGUCUGUUACUGCAAUACUGAAGAUUAUACAGACCCAGAUUGCUCAAUCUAUAACCAUGUAAUAGAGCUAUUACUUGGAUCUCUUAAUGCUUGUUGUCGGUUAUUGUGAUAUAGAAUCUCAGAAUAUCUAAGAUGUAGACCACGUUCCAGUGUUAGCAUUAGGCACCAAACAAUUCCAGAAUACCAAGAAUCCAGUGACAUGGAAGAAGAAAUUACAGAAAUAGAACAAGAAGGCAAAGAGGAGGAAGGGGAGGUUAUGGAAGAAGAAAAAGAGAAACCUCCAGUCAGGAAAAUUUCCAUAAAUAUGAACGACUUAGCCGACCAUGAUUUAGGGAUUUAUAAUGAUGAUGAAGAUGGUCCUGAUUUGACUGAUACAGAAGAUGAAGAUGCCAAAGAUGAUGGUGAAGAAGGCAAGGAAAAGACUACUGGUGCUGAAGCUGAAUCAAAUAUUAAAGAUGAUGCAGAAGAUGCCGUGGGGGCUGAAGACAAAAAAGUACAGGAAAAUAUGCAAUCUAUGAACAUCACGCAGGAUACAGAACCAGAUUUUGAUAGUAAAAAAUUUGAGGUAGAAAUCUCAAAAAAAGUUGAGGAAGAUGACUUUGAUGCUGUCUUCCCAGAAGCCCCUGGGGAUGGCAGUCUCCAUGACAACAAUGACAAUUCUGCUGAUGAUGAGUCUGCAAUUAUGCAUUCAGCUUUACGAGCAACAACCAAUACCCCUGCUGAUGUUUGGGAUGAAGUGCAACAAAGUGAAGCAAGACAAUCAAGAGCCACAACCAGUUGUGCUCCACACUUCCGUGAGAGGUACUAUAAUCGUGCCAUGUCUUUAAUGACCACUCGAUGCUCCACAAGUCAACGCAGAAGAGUAAAAACGCCAUUAUUGUCAAUAAAGAACCCCCCGUCUGGGUCACCUGUGUACGCCAAAGUUUUUUAUGUUGAACAGAACAGGCCUUCACCCAUGGAACCUCUAAAAGCUUGGAGAGGCUACAACGGCAAUGUCUACUUUGAACCAAUUGGAAUCAGUGCCACCAAACCUGUGCCAAAGUCCAGGAAAACACCUUCUUUGGACAAUUGCAGUGAUAUACUGCGGAAAGCAAUGCAAUCUCGUGCAUCAAGUCGAUUAAGUCAGGGACAGAGAGACAGCGAAUCAGAUGAGGGGAAAACAAAUCCUAUGACACCUAGCCAAAAAUCCAAAGGUUCUAAAUAUGGGCACCUAUACGUGGGCCCUACAUGUGCUGUAUUAGACAAGAAUUCAGUGUUGAAUAGGUACAAUGCUACUUUACCAGAAGAAGUGGCUUUAUUAGCCAGUAUGGAAUCUACAGGGAGUCUAAAAGUCGACGAACCUGGGAUUCUGGAACAGCACAAAGAUCAUAUAUUAAAGAAAAAGUACGUACAAAAAAGGGACAAAAUUUGCAAGGGAUCCGUUGCACACAGGAUAUACUUAGAGAAGAGGAACCUUCCAGAUGUGGAGUAUAGUGGGUAUCAUUCAAAUGCUCACACACAUCCGUCGCAAAAUCUACGUGCACAAACAGCACACUCUGGAAGCAGUCUGCGAUUGCCAAGUCGUAACAGUCCAGAGGGGUACCAUGCAUUUAUACCCUCACAGGAACUUCAGUUGCCGCCAUUAGAUCACUUACAAGCAACCUUACGCCAUUAUGACGGUGCUCCCAAUAAUUUAGUGCAUGUGCGUGUACCCGCAUUUGAUAGACCAAAUAUGAGGAAUAGUUCAGUAAAAUCUGCCUAUAAAGGUUAUGUUAAGUUUGCAUAAGUAUGCAUAGGCACAACAGCUAAGGACUAGUACAUUUUUAUAUUGUACGAUUUUCUCCAGGAAAGUCUCUUGAAGUAUUUCAAAAUGCCUCUUUAUUCCAAAUUUGUUUAUGAUUUAAAAGUUUUAUAUUAUGCAGUUACUUUUCAUGGAAAGGAUUCAGUUCAAUUCAAAAUUAAGUCACUUUUCCCAAUGUUAGGUAGGGUUUUUUAGGAGUUAUAAGCAAAACAUUGUUUUGGGAGAAAUUACUAUUUCAUUUUGUUCAGAUCAAGUGAGAAAUUACCAGUAUUCAUCUUCAUGAAUGCAUACAUUAUUCUUCACACUUCAUAAUUAGUCUAGGUUGUCUCUGUUAUGUAUACUUCUUUCAUCAAAUCACCAAGAGGACCUAAAGGCUAGUUUUGCACAAAGUAUCAAAUACCAAUUUUUGGCUCAAAAAAUUUGUUAAAAGUAAUGCUAGCUGGACUCAAACUAGUUGAUACAUUAGUUGUCAGCUAUUUGAUCAUACUUUUUGAGUUGGAGUAGAAAUUGUAAAAUGUUUAAGAUGUACUAUUCUUUUGCUUCACAAAUUAGACAGAUUGAUUAUACUAUUAAGUUCUUAUAAAUUAUGCCAGACAUACGCUCAGAGUUAGCCAUUAUUAGAAUGUAACUUUCUAGAAUGUUAAUUAUGUUUCCUCUUUAAAAGAGAUCAGCUGGAAUUUGCAUUUCAAUCUUAAAUUCAGACACAUACAAUACUGGGAAGUUUCUGCUGAUUGUUGUGUAAAUAUUGAACACAAGUAUAAACAAGCAUAGUGUUACUGGAGGCCUGUGUCUAGAGGAGUGUUCUCUGGGUCCAAAAUCCAAAUUAAAGUUUAUAUCCAGUGUUUGCCUCUUAGGAAAAUUAGUUGCUGGACCGAAAAUUCAGCCAUCUUGAAAAGUAUCUGGCUCGAAUGUCUGACGGGUAUGAAAACUUCUCAGCCCUUUCGAAAGUUGUCGUCCCUUCUAACACUGUUUAUAUCAGCUUGAAAUAAGAAUGUGAUUUUACAAUUUACUCACAAUGAAUCUUUACACAUAAUUAUUACUUUUUUUACAAUUAAAGCAACAAGAAAAAAAAAGAGAAGGGUUUCUUAUUUUAUUGAAAAUGUCUUGUUUUAUUCAUAGCCCCGACUCUCACUCGAUCAAAUUUAUAUCUAUAUGUGCAUUUGUUUAGAACUGAAGUAUUGGCUGCACAUUUAGUUGUUUUUGAAAUUUAAAAAAAUGUAUAUUAAAUGUUAUCAUCAAAUUAUCAUCUCCAUAUAAAAUCACUGGUGCUUCAGUGUUGGUAGUGUAUUGUUCUUGUAAACCUUUUUCAUGACAUCAUUAUAAUUUAUAUUUACUAUCAUAUUCAUUUCACAGAGUUUAGUAGUCAUAAUACCAAAGUAUAUACAUAAACAUGUAUUAUACACUAAAUGCAUUCCUGUAAUUUAAUGUAUUAAAAUGUGAAUGCAUGCAUGCAUCUGAUGACAUGAAUAAAAUUAUCUAAAAUUAAUUCCAUCACCUAAUUGUUGUUAAAGCUGAAAAUGAUAAUCGAGUCCACUAUGAAAGUGACUAUGACUUUGUAUUCACUGUUAACACAUUAUAACCAUGUUAAUUGAUGAGAAGCCCAUAGAUAUUGUUGACUCAGGAGACUCAUGCAAUAUCGUAAGCACAAAGGGGCUAAGAAUGUUGGUGAGGACAUGAUUGUUAUACGGAAAAACGCAAGAAGAGACGAAGCGCUAAAUGCUAUGACUGGGAUUCAAUAUGCAAAUACAGUUGGCUCACUUGUGUAUUGUCAUGUUGAUGCAAAGGUUUGGCUUGUUCUUAGCAAGAAGAUGUACAGUAGCUCACCACUACCAUUCAUGCAUAGACUUUAUGGGCAAUCACUGUGAAAUUCCUACUGAAGAAAUCAGUCAAAAAUUUGAAGUUAAACAAAAAUAUGGUUUGCCACUAUGGAAGGAAUCAGUAAUUACUGUAAAAUCAAUCUGCCACUCAUUAAAAGUAACAAAAAUAUAGUUUGGCAAUUAUAGUUACUGAUGUCUCAGACAGUGACAGCGCCAUCACAUAGUGAUCAAAAUACUUAGUGUUUUUACAUAACAAUAUAUAUGUGCACUUGUAAGAAAACAUUUGGAGAAAACUAUACAAAAACAACCAUUUAGAAAAAAUGUCUUUAUUCUUUCUUAAUUCCCAAAUUCAAAGCAUUUAAAUUUUGGUACUAAAAUUCAAAUCAAAUGAUUCUUAAAACAUAUUUUUAUAAUUUUCAAACAACAUGG